AUGGCGGGCAGAAAGGCUAAAAUCAACUUCGUCUUGAGAGACUUGAGAGACAACAUGUUGCAUUGUACGCUGUGGGAAGGCUACACAACACAGUAUUUUGAGUUCAAAUAUAAACAAGUUGAUCCAUCUGCACCUACUGUUAUAAUUUUGAAGUAUGCAAAUGUGAAAGAAGAAGGGAAAUUUCGCCUUUCUGUUACUAAUGUGUACAAUGUUUCCAAAAUACAUAUCAAUGAGGAUGUCCUAGAGAUCAGUGACUUUCUCCAAUGUUUGCCAAAGGACCCUCAAAUGGGGAAAUCAAGAAACAACACUAGCAAGAGCACGCAUGACUACUCACAAAAAUCUUCGAGGUAUUACUUAUCCCUCACUGAUAAGUUAUUUUCAAAAGUUGUCCACCUCCCACUUGAUGAAAUUACGCUCUUAACUAAGCCAACAUUAUGGAUGGACACCCAACUGAGGCAGAGAAAUGAAGGUUUAAGAUUGUGA